UCGCUCUGUCUUCGCCGUCGAUUUGGAGGACGGGUCAUGGCCGCUGUGUGCAUCUGCCUCGUGAUUGGUGCGGUGCUGCUGCACACUCGUGCUGCCAUGCCACAGCGCCUCGAUAUCAUGACGCAGAUCCAGCAGUCGUCGGCGCUGCGUUUAACGUUACACGCGAAGCGAGAGUCCAUGAUGAUCAACGGACUCAGUUCCGCGACCAUCUAUGUCGUACCCCGCCUCGGAGGCAGCUUUGACGCCGUUCUCACCCACGCCAGCGGCAACGCGACAGAGACGUACUUACUCGUCAACGACCGGGCGUACUACAUUGUGAGUCAUGCCGGCGCCGUCGUCUCGGUCGACUGCCUCGACCCGUCGCAGUUGCCGCCCUUGCAUUCGAUGCAAGUGAGUUUGAACGAGGCGACGAUCGUCGACGCGGUCGAGACGGUGUCUCCAACGGUCGCGUCUGGCAACUGCCUCGGUGGCAAGUGGCUGCAGGUGCGCUUCGCAGGCGAAACUUUUGUCUUUUGCAAGUCGCCGGCGCACACGCUGACGCACGCCGUCGGCGAUGACUUGGACAUGACGAUUGCGUACAUUUCGGACCCUUCCGAGAUUCCGUCGCUGAUGGUGCCGCCGCCGCCCAACGAAGCGUUGAUCGUGUGCCCGUUGCUGCCUGGGUACAGCCGCCUCCCGACGCUCCCAAUGGCGCUGCUGUCUCCUGCAGCGUUUGACGAUCUUCCUGUCGAGCCGCGUAUUGCUCGUCUCGGCGCCGCGUCGUGCGAGUGCAAGCUCGCGCAAAAGAAGCCGUGUCUCUUCGUCCACGGUCUCGGCAAGCCGUUCGCGUCCGAUCCGACAAACUCGGACGGGCUCGAGUGGGGCUCCAUCCAGAACCACGCGCCGUGCUGCUCGUCGACCAAGUUUGUGCACUUUGAAACGUGGAAGCAUGGCUGGAACAACGACGAGAUCCAGAACCAGUUCUGCGACGCAGCCCAGCGCGUGAGCCACUCCAACUCCACCACCAUCCAAGACCUCAUUCUCAUCACAUACUCGAUGGGCAACCUCGUGGCAGGUGGUGCCGUUGCGACCGGAAAGUGCAGUUUUGGCAAUGGUAUUUCCUGGAUCUCGAUCGCUGGCCCGAUGCAAGGGAGCAAGACCGCCAACCUUCUCGAGCGAAAAUGCAAGGACGGGGGCUGGAACAUCCCGCUGAAAGGUCUCUUGGAGCUCGUCAGCCUGUGCCCCAUGACCGACGCUUUCAAGACGCUCAAGGAUGUGUCGACGGUCGACGCGACGCUACAAGCCUCGUACCGAGCGGCCCAAGACGUUCGCGCCAAGUACGCGACCAAGAUUCUUUGCGGCAGCAGCCCGUUCGGACUGGUUUCAGUGUACGCGCCAGUGCUAAGCCUUAUCAGCAAGCUCACGCACCAUGCCGAUGUCAAUGACGGCGUCGUCGCCUUCUCGAGCUGCGCCGCGGGGUUUUCCAAAUCUUCGUUCUCGACCAACUAUGCCGACGAUGGCAACUACCUUGUACAUACCAACCACCUCGACAACUCGUUCCGCCUCGGCGAUGGCUGGUGGGGCGCCGACCGCAAGCCUACAAAGUGGUUCGAGUGCGCUUUGUAGCCGAACAACAUUUAAACAAG